AUGGCACCUCAACGACAGUCAAUCUACAUCAACUCAAGCCCUUCGACGAUAGUGUCGCCUCCUGCGGCCCAGGUCCAAGCCUUCCAUGAGCAAUUCCCGGGUUACCAGGCGAGUCCUUUGGUCGCCUUGCCCGAUGUCGCGAAUGAACUCGGAGUCCGCGCUGUGUACGUCAAACAAGAGAGCAAUCGCUUUGGUCUACCGUCUUUCAAGGUGAUGGGAGCAUCAUGGGCUAUCUACCGGGCGCUUCUUGCACUUUUGACAUUGCCGCUUGAGACAUCCCUCGAAACCCUCACUGAGCGCAUCAGGGCGGGUGAGCCUUUCACAUUGGUGGCUGCCACAGAAGGCAAUCAUGGUCGCGCAGUCGCCUGGGUGGCACGUCAGUUAUCUCUGCAAGCGCGCAUCUAUGUCCCUCGAACAAUGGUCGCAUUUACACAGGAGAUGAUCCGGUCGGAAGGGGCGGACGUGGUGGUGGCCGACGGGGAUUAUGACUUUGCCGUUCAAGAGGCCGCCAAAGCUUCACAAACGACGAAGAAUGCGAUAUUGGUGCAGGAUACAGCUUUUGAUGGUUAUGAGGAGAUCCCGUCCUGGAUUGUCGAGGGCUACUCCACCUUGAUGCACGAGGUGGAUGCGCAGUUGCACGCCCUCGGUCUGCAAAACACGCUUGUUGUGUCGCCUGCGGGCGUUGGCUCGUUGGCUCAAGCUGUGGCCAUGUACUCCAAAUCGCGCACCACUCCUGCUACUUUUGUGACUGUCGAGCCUGACACCGCUGCUUGCCUAAACUUGAGCCUCAAGAAGGGGGAGUCGACCUCAAUCAUCACAAGUCCCAGUAUAAUGGCCGGUAUGAACUGCGGGACGGUAUCAUCCGCCGCAUGGCCUAUCCUACAAGAGCUUGUUGACGCCAGUGUCACAAUCUCUGACUUUGAAAGCCACUGUGCGAUCGAGUAUCUUGCCUCUCGUGGAAUUGAUUCCGGUCCAUGCGGUGCUGCUAGUUUGGCAGCUAUUCGACGCCUCAAAGCAGAGCAUGAUUCACCCUCGUACUUUUCGCCCGACUCGGUGAUUGUGUUGCUGAGCACCGAAGGUCGUCGUCCCUACCAGAUCCCCGAGGAUGUUUCGUCAGACGACCCUACUGCGCUGACCCAGACGCUUACACGCAUCGACUCCUCAAACCCGACAUUGUCCAAGGCGAAGGGAGCUGGCGAAACGGAAGUGGUCAACUACCUGUCAGCGUGGUUCGCACAUCGUGGUAUUGAGCAUCAUCGCGUGGAAACCAAACCAGGGCGUCCUUCGGUGGUCGGCAUCGUGAGAGGAACCGGUGGUGGAAAGUCUCUUAUGUUCAACGGCCACGUGGAUACCGUGACCUUGAGUACGUAUGAAGGAAACGGAUUGAGUGGUCAUUUGGCGAAUAAGGAUGGCAAGGAGGCGGUGUUCGGUCGGGGGACGCUUGACAUGAAAGCCGGUGUAGCCGCAGGACUGUCUGCCCUGGCGAGCGCCCAGCGCUCGAAGCUUGCUGGGGACGUAAUCGUCACUGCUGUAGCGGAUGAGGAGGAUGCCUCACAAGGCACGAUGGAUGUGAUUGCAGCGGGGUGGAGGGCCGAUGCAGCCGUCGUGCUGGAGCCCACCAAUCUAAGCCUGGCGCAUGCUCACAAGGGUUUUGUAUGGGUGGAGCUCAACGUACAAGGACGCGCAGCUCAUGGCUCGAAUCCUACGGCCGGCAUUGAUGCGAUUAUGAAUAUGGGGCUGUUGCUACAGGCCUUGAAGCAGUACCAGCAGCGGUUGCCAGUCGACGAUGUGCUUGGACAGGCAUCUCUCCACUGCGGAGUUAUCAACGGCGGGGACGAGAUAUCUUCAUAUCCGGCCAGCUGCACGCUGACUGUCGAGUUUCGAACUGUGCCUGCGCAGACUGAUGCAAUAAUUCUUAACGAGAUGCGCGACCUGCUCGCUCAGAUACAAGCGCAGGAUCCUGAUUUCCAGUUCAGUGAGCCUAGCAUCACUUUCUCGCGGCCGUGCCAGUACCUCCCGGAAACCCACACCUUUGUGCAGCAGGUGGUUGAGAUCAGCAAGAAGGUACUCGAUCAACCCGUCCCCGUUAUCAGUGUGCCCUUCUGGUGUGAUGCGGCUCUCUUGACGCAGGCUGGAGUCCCCAGUAUUGUUUUGGGCCCGUUUGGAGAUGGGUUGCACGCCAAGGAGGAGUGGGUUGACGUGAACAGUGUGCGACAGCUAACCGAGAUGCUUGAGCUCCUGAGUCUUCUCGAUGACACCAACUAUUUUCUUAAUCAAUCAGCAGGCUCGGGCGCAUCGUCUUGGAAUCUGGCUACUUCUCCUGAGCACAACUCUGGCUUUCUAGAUUGGGAGCUAUUGGGCAAUGCAACGCCCUUCACACCUCCCAUCAAUGAAUCAUCGAUUGGCUAUCCUCCCCAACACAGCCAUCCACCCGACGUCCUCUCCACAAAGAAUCUAUCGCAACACGACAAUGUUGGAUCUUUUGACUGCUUACUUGCACCAGAGCCUGCUGUCCCGAUCCACGCCAAUCCUUUGAAUGACGGCUUCGUCAGCGUCUCCCAGUGGCUGGACGGUGCCUACCGACCCCCCGUGCCUUGCAGCUACUGCCAGCGCCACCGAUUACAGUGCCUUAUCCUGCGCACCACCUCCGCGAAUCCCAACCCGGUAACCUCAUGCUCCAGCUGUGUCGCACUGUAUCGAGAAUGCAGUCUCGCGCAAGGCGAGAAACGCCAAGCUGCAGGCUUCGAAACCAUCUCCCCAGUCUUCGGUCAUCUGCACGGCGUCACGGAGAUGACGGAAGAACGGGAUGAGAUCAUUGCUCAUGCGAAGCCGGGGAAAGAAGCACCUGAACGGCAGACAGACAACUCACACAAUGCUGAGACGCAGCCGAAGCCACGCUUCUCGCGGAAGGGAGCCAAGAUCCUGCGUGACUGGUUCUACAGCAACCAGCACUCACCCUAUCCGACCGAUGAGCAACGAGCCGAAUUCGUCAGACAGACAGGCUUCACCGACCGACAGAUCUCUAAUUGGUUUGCCAAUGCCCGACGACGUCGGAAGAUGGCUUUGCGGACGCCGCGGCCCAGCUCCAUCACGCCCGCGCCUCGCGGCAGCUCCCCCAUGCCUGUCUCGCGAUACGCGUCGUUGACGCCGAUGGAGCGCUGGCAGAAGUCUCCUCCCGACCAGGAGCCAGUUCCGCAAUCCGUAAUACAGAAUGCUAUCGCUCGUUCAGAUCUACCGGGGGCUGCAGAAGGUGACCUCAGCCGGGGCGAGCGCAUAGGGGUCGGUCAUCGGAGUGACGAUCAUGCUUACUCGGUCUCGAGUAUGGAAAGCGGACAGUUCGAGAGCGCACAAUCCCAAGCCUCAUCCGAUACGGUGUCCUCGGCCGCUUGGAGUUACCGUUCCGAUGAUCCUCCCCCGUUCCCUUUGUCAGAUAGUCGGCGACGUCAACGCCAGUCUCGACGAAGGCCCUCCUCAAUCCACUCACUCGGCGACCAUCAAUACCAAUGCACGUUUUGCCCCCGAUCUUUCAAGAAGAAGCACGACUGGUGCCGGCAUGAAUUGAGUAUGCAUCUCUCACUGGAAUCGUGGCUCUGCACCAUCAAUCCCGCCACGUCCACAGUUGAAGACCAAGUCGAGUGUGAAUUCUGCGAAUCUUCUCAGUCAUCGCCCGCGCACCUGGAAACCCAUGAAUUCGACGUUUGCGCUGACCGGCCACUCGCUGACCGGACAUUCACGCGCAAAGAUCAUCUUAUUCAGCAUCUCCGCAAGUUCCACCGUUGCACGAAAGUGCCUACAGCGAGGGUGGAGGGGUGUCGGUCCACGCGCACGGCUGUGAUAAGUCGAUGUGGCUUCUGCCAUAUGGUGAUGCAGAACUGGACGGAGCGUGCGGAUCAUCUCGCGGACCACUUCAAGAAAGGUUUGCGCAUGACUGAAUGGACUGGUGGAUGGGGAUUAGAAGAUACCUCGCUGGCCAUGUUGCGAGAUGCUACCCUUCCGGCUCAGCGAUCGCCUGGAUCGUGA